UGCCCUUUUUUUUUUUUUUUUUUUUUUAAGUAUUUACUUAUUUUGAGUAGUUCUACAGGCAAGGUAGGGCUGGAGCUCAUGACCAGAGAUCAAGGGUCACAAGCUUUACCUUUUGAGCCAAUCAGGCAUCCCAAUUUUCCAGCUUUUGACAGGAGAUAUGAGUACAGAUUCUUCCCUAUUAGGAGAAAAACGACAGCAAACACGGUGAUAAAGGGCAACCGAAACUGCAUAAGUUAGUGAUUAUAGGGUUUGGUGGGGGAACUCUCCAUUUGGAGAAAACAAGUCUGGUUUAAAGAUACCAGGAGACACUCCCCUCUAUGCAAUUGCUGUCUAGUUGGAAUUGGGACCCCUGCAUUGUCAAAUAUUUUGAUCUUUAAGAGGAACCAGAAAUCUGAACACGGCGGACUAUGUCCACUUUAAAAAAAUAGCUGAAAAUGCAGGCCAAACAAAACAAGUCACAGGGGAUUUCCUGUCCCCUCUUUAUAUGUGGAAACGAGCUGUGAGAGGGGAGAUCACUUGCCUGCGACCAUACAGCCAGUAGAUGAAAAGCCAGAGGCCUCUAAUGUCAGUGUAAGUCUACUGAUCUACUGUUGGAGCAAACCCAUUCAUUUCUGAGGGUUAGAAAGCUACGAGAUGGCUUUUGUACUAAACAAUUUAUAGCUAUGGACUUGCCAGAGGAGAGCCAGUGGGAUGAAACCACCUGCCAGCUGGCUGUUUGCCAGCAUCCACAAUGCUGGGCUACGAUCCGCCGGAUUGAGAGGGGCCACCCUCGAAUCCUGGGCCCCCCAUGCAAAACAGCUCUGAAUGAUGAAGACAAACUUCCAGUGCUCACCACUGUAAACAUGGCAGAUUCCUGCCUCUGGGCCAAGAGACAUGCUCAUCAUCAUUUAUCAGGAUUUACCUUCACCAGACCACCUGCUCUACUAUGUCCAGGUGUUAAGUUUGACUCCAAACUCCAAGGCAGGCCUCGGAAGGACUUACCUGACAAAGAUUUAAUCGACCGUCCUGAUAGAUCUCCUAAAGUAAGUCACAGAUUAAAAAAGCUUUCAGUGCUGAAUUUGAAUGAGACACAACUUCCCAGCCCUCAAGAUGUUAGAAAUAUGGUUGUAAUCUGGAUCCCAGAACAACCAGAGAGGCACCUGAGUCCCGCUGAGAAGAAGCCUGUUCUUCCCAGCCAGGACUGGAUGAAGAGGAGAAUGAUCUCUACAACGAAAGAUGGUUGGCUCUCCAGAAAGCAGAAAACAGAGACACAGUUGGGGCCUCCAGGGAUGAUUGUGCCUCCCCCCUCGCCCAUACAAUUUCUUGAGCAACAGUCUGUACCUUUCUGGAACCAAUUUGACAUGUUACCUCAGGAUCUACUGAAGGACCUCUUGCCUAAUGAGGGGAAGACCAUGCCUUCUCUGGAGAUGAGGACACAGUUGGCCAUGAUGAAGAAGAAAGCUCCCCUGGAAAAGAGUCGACCCGACAGUGCCAUUUCUGCUAAGAUGUUCUUAACCGUACACCGCCUCACGCUGCAGAGACCAGCAUUGAGAUAUCCUAAACAUUCAAAGAAAUUAUAUCACAACCUGAACACGGAAGGUCACAAGAAGCAGCAGCAGUGGCAGCAGAAGCAGCCGCAGAGGAAGGUGAAAACCCCGCCGAAGAGUCAGGAGGCUAAAAAGAAAUCCAAGAGUGAUCUGGGGAUUCAGGACAAUUUGCAUAAACGUUCUGGUGCCGUGGUGUAUGGCCCAUGCUAUGGUCACAGAACUCUACGAAGCCAAGAAAGUGACAAAAAGCAGCCACAGCAGACAAAGUCAGAAGGACCCACCUUGAGAAAGGAUUCCACAAAGAGGGCCCAGAUGGAAUACUUGGAGAAUCAUCUGGAUUCCUUCGCCGGUAAAUAUGAUCCCAAGUUAUCCAAGACAGAACCCUCUAACAAGGACAUCAGCGCUCAGGAGUGGGUUGUGCUGGAAUCCCAAGACAGGAACUCAGAGGACCUCUCAGACGAUACAUCUAGAGGGUGGAACCCUGAGCUCAAGCUCCUGAGGAUUCUUCAGGCCACUGAUAAUGAGGAUGAGGAGGACCAGCUCUCCGACUCACAGAGUGAAGAGUCUUUCUAGACCUCAGAGGACAACCUUAUUCCAGAGAAAGAUGCUUGAAAUCCUGGGGACAGAGACCUUGGACAUACAGACAGAAAGGAGAGGGGACUUCUGCUCUUGGGAGCCUUGAUGAGGGCCUCACUGUAGGGACUCUGCUUUCUUCAUUCACUUCUCCUUACCUCUAAAAUCAGCUAGGGAGAAAAAGCCCCCCCCCCCUUUUUAAACUGAGGUUGUUUCUCUUUCAUUAGGGGCAGAAAAAAUUUAGUGAUUAAACACCACUGCUUAAGGAAAAGGCUCAUUCUCUUCCUGGGAGGAUGGGAGAGAUAUUUCUGUGGAUGUGUUUUCUGGGUCACUUUUUAUCUCCCUUCUGGAGCUCUGAAAGGUUUCCAGUCACAGGAAGAUGAGUUUUGGGACACCUGGCUAGCUCCUUCCAUUGGGCAUGCAGCUCUGGAUCUUGAGGUUGUGAGUUCAAGCCUCACGUUCUGCAUAGAGAUUACUGGAAAAUUUAAAAAAAAAAAAAAAAAGGAAAGAUGAGUUUGUCCUGUGGGAACCCAUACUGUGUUCCUAGUUUUUCCUCUCAGUCUCUGGAAAUGGCUUCUCUCGAGGUUGGCACCCAAUAAUCAUUAUCAAAUGGUAUUUGUAUUAGCCCGAAAGAGUCUGAAGCUCCAGCUUCUACAUUACUGAGUCUGUGGGAAUGUUUCAGUGAUGCUCGUAAAGACUCAACAUUUCAGAGUCUCAGGAGACCUUGGAUUUGGUUUUUGUU